AAACGAAAGAAAGAAAGAAAGAGAGCGAUGGAAGAGACAAAGUCCAGGUUUAAGAGGAUUUGUGUGUUUUGUGGGAGCAGUUCGGGGAAGAAAGCUAGCUACCAAGAAGCUGCUGUGGAGUUAGGCAAGGAACUGGUGGAGAGAAGGAUUGAUUUGGUGUAUGGGGGUGGAAGCGUGGGAUUGAUGGGUCUUGUUUCUCAGGCAGUUCAUGAUGGUGGGCGCCAUGUUCUAGGUGUUAUUCCAAGGACCUUGAUGCCUAGAGAGAUUACUGGUGAGACUGUUGGAGAAGUAAGGGCUGUAUCUGAUAUGCACCAAAGGAAAGCUGAAAUGGCACGACAGGCUGAUGCCUUCAUUGCGCUACCCGGUGGUUAUGGCACCCUUGAAGAACUGCUGGAAGUUAUUACAUGGGCUCAGCUGGGAAUUCAUCGUAAACCUGUGGGUCUCUUGAAUGUGGAUGGAUAUUACAAUUCUUUGUUGUCUUUCAUUGAUAAGGCCGUUGAUGAAGGCUUUAUUUCACCAACUGCACGUCGCAUUAUCGUGUCUGCCCCAACUGCUAAACAAUUGGUCAGACAACUGGAGGAUUACGAGCCAGAGUACGAUGAAGUAACAUCAAAACUAGUAUGGGAUGAAGUGGACAGACUUAGUUACGUUCCGGAAUCCAGGGUUACCACGUGAUAAAUAUCGCUUCAGCUAUAUACUUUUACUUUUUUUGGGUUUUGCCUACUAAGUGUAUAUGCGGUCUUAAUACCGUACAAGCCGGAGCGGAGUACAGGUACUUUUUGGUGGUGUUUUGGAACUUGGCCUACCAUCGCAUGCAGUGUCACAAAAAGUCUGAUAUAUACAUGUCCGUAGAGAAAAGAUGUAGCGUCACUUUUUCCCUCUGUGAAACCGUGGAGAAAUCAUCAAUUCAGGACUUAACUACGACUUUUGUUUAUAUACAUCAGUUC